AUGGACUUCUACGGAACUGCUUCGUCGGCGAUCACUCAGAUCUACCAAGUUGCAGUCUUUAUUCAGGGGGUCGUCUCUGACAUCAAGUCCUUUGACGAUGACCGGGCGGAAAUCCGUCUGAAGCUGAAUCUGGAGAUCUCUUCGCUUCUUUUCUGCAGGCGCAUAUUCUUCCAUCCUUUACUGUCAGAGAAGUUGGAUUCUUUCAUUGCCGAGUCGGUGAAUGGUCUUCUCGAGCAGAUGCGAAAAACAUUGGCCGAGUAUGAGAUUGUCGCGAUCAAGUACGGCAUUGCGAACGAGGAGGUCACGCUUGAACGCGAGCAGGUCAAACUACAAGAGUCGCUCUUGGAGCGCGCCAAGAGUAAGACUAAGCUGCUGAAGCUGAAGGCUUACGACUGGUCGCUCUUUGACAAGAAGAAGCUCCAACGGAUACUAGAAACCUAUACCAAAUGGUCCGAUCAGUUGCGUAAUAUAAUGCAGCACAUGUCGCAAGAAACGCUGGCGAAGCUGGCCGAAACCGAUCAGCAAGGCCUGAAGAGCAGUGGUUUGGAGGCCGUGGUGAAGCGACGAGGACUCGUCGAGGCCAAAGCUCCAGCAGACUAUCGCAGUCUGACCGGAAGUCUGGUCGAAGUGGGACAAGCAGCCGGAGGCUUCAAACUAGGAAAUUGGUCUCUGGACAGAUCCGAGACUAUGAAAGUCGUGAUUGAGUACCACGAGUAUGAGAUUAGACUGAAAGAUGACGAUCUUGACGCUGAUGAAAUCGAGGAGCUCAAAAAACCUCUUCGCGAUCUAGCCUGGCUGCUGCAGAGCACCACCUUCACCAGUACAUCCACCGAGUCACUCGACCAGCCCAAGAUCUAUGCUUUGGAAUGUCUGGGCUUCAUGGAUCAACCGGCAGAAGAGCGAAGUGUGUUCCUCUACAGAUUGCCCGCAGGCGAGCCUGGUGACGGUACCUCUCUCACGACUCUGCACGGGUUCAUCAAUGCUGUCGACAAGGACAAAAAUUCGAGACCACUCAGGAAGCCAGCCCUGAACGAUCGAUUCAGCAUGGCUCGCAGUCUCGCUCUGACUGUCUCGAAUCUUCAUGCGUCGGCAUGGGUUCACAAGAACAUAUGGAGUAGAGGAAUUCUACUUUUCCUCGAGACAUCCACAGGAGUGAGCACCACAGGCCUGGAAGAGCAGCGUAAAGCCUCGGCGAAUGCUGCAAAUCGAAUUGUCUCCUAUCUCGGCGACUGGGGCUACGCGCGAGCGGUUGAAAAAGGGACAGAGUUGCGCCCUGAUUUUGAGGUUGAACCCAACCUAUACCGUCAUCCUGACCGACAAGGGCGACCUUCCCACCAGUUCAAUCGACUGCACGAUCUCUAUGCACUGGGCGUGGUGCUGUUGGAGAUUGGGUUGUGGGCGACCUUAUCCCGCCUGAUGGAAGCAAAGAUCAACGAUGCACGUAAGAAUGGAAAGCUACCGAACCGACACAAGGUCGCUGCGGAUCUGGUGGCGCUGGCGGGGCAAGGAUUGCCCAAGGAGAUGGGCGUUGGAUAUACAAAGGCCGUGCUGACUUGCCUGGCCGGUGAUUUCCGCGAGAAAGAUGGGCCAGGUCUGGCGAUGGACUUUCAAUCCAAGGUAAUUGACGUACUGGAAGCCGGGAUGGAAGUAUGA